AUGUGCUUCCUACAGGGAUUACUUCUAUUGCUCAUGCUUUCCUAUCAAGUUUCUAAACCAUCAUGGUGUUAUGAUGUUGAUGCUGGGGGGCUGAUACAGAGGUGGAAGAAGCCAUCCACAAGUAAUAUCUCGCUGGUCACAAAUGCUGUCAUCAAGCCUGAAGCUAUAGCCCAUGUUGCUCAAUAUUUAUCAAACACAGAUAAAAAGUCUGUGCUUAGCGGUGGUAUGGCAACAUUUGAUGUGUAUGGCUUCCUAGAUUUGAACAAAAAUGGCCAGCUAAGCUCAGCAAAAAUAUCAGUAGCACAUGACAAUUCCCCUGAAUAUAACAGUGUGCUCGCUGGAUGGACGGUAAACCCAUCUGUAUAUGGUGACAGCAAAACACAUUUUUUCACAGGAUGGACGGCUGAUAGCCAUGGAUCUACUGGAUGCUAUGACUUGGCAUGCAACGGAUUUGUGCCGGUGAACAAUGCACCUAUCACUCCAGGAGAUAUUUUAGAGCCAAAUAAUGGCCAGCUUAAGAUCACAAUCAAAAUAUUUAAGAGCAAAGAUGAUGGCGAUUGGUGGCUACACUUCGGGUAUAAUAAUGAAAAUCUUAGGCCAGUUGGAUUCUGGCCAAAGAGUUUGUUUGGCAGUUUAUCAGACCAUGCAAAUCUUAUUGGUUGGGGUGGUUUCACACUAUCUUAUACUGGAAACGCUAGUCCACCGAUGGGCAAUGCGCAAUGGCCUGGUAAAAGUUCAGCAUCUGUUCGAGAUGUAAAAUAUGUGGACCCUAGCGGUGAAGGCUACAAACCCGCUCCAUGGCCCGCUGGCCUUAACUCUUGGGUAUCCCAUAAGCAAUGCUACCAAGUUAGUCCAUUUCUUGAUGAUAUGUUCUAUUAUGGAGGACCAGGUGGUUGUACUGUGUAA